GCGCUUUUGGUACACCGUCAAGAUAUUGAUUUUUCAGUUACCACCACCCCCGCAUCCAGCAGAUCUGCCCUCCCCCAAAGAGAAGAAAACCCCAAGAGGGAGGCAUAGUAGUAGUAACAGUAGACAGUCCUUCAAACAUUACGCAGCCAGCCAGUAGUCGUCGUCGUCGUCAAGGUUUCCGUGCUGGAAAAAAUCGAAUCGCCUAGAGAAUUAAAUAGUAUUAUUAACAGUGAAAGUAGAGAGCGCGAGUAGAGUUGAAUAAAAAGUAUUCCUGCAGCCUCCCCGCCCCGUGUAGAGCCGCCAACUUAUUUCACCCAGAGGCACGGCAAGAAGAAAAAAGCAGCAAUCAUGGCUUUCGCUGGACUAAAGAAACAAAUCAACAAAGCCAACCAGUAUAUGACGGAGAAGAUGGGCGGUGCGGAGGGCACCAAACUGGAUAUGGACUUUAUGGAGAUGGAACGGAAAACCGAUGUCACUGUGGAGCUGGUUGAGGAGCUGCAGCUGAAGACCAAGGAGUUUCUACAACCGAAUCCCACUGCGAGGGCCAAAAUGGCUGCCGUCAAGGGCAUCUCGAAGCUAUCGGGCCAGGCCAAAUCGAAUACGUAUCCACAGCCAGAGGGCCUGUUGGCAGAAUGCAUGCUGACUUAUGGUAAGAAGCUCGGCGAGGACAACAGCGUGUUCGCGCAGGCGCUCGUCGAAUUCGGCGAGGCGCUGAAGCAGAUGGCCGACGUCAAGUAUUCGCUGGACGACAACAUCAAGCAGAACUUUUUGGAGCCACUGCAUCAUAUGCAGACCAAAGACCUCAAAGAGGUAAUGCACCAUCGAAAGAAACUGCAGGGUCGGCGCCUCGACUUCGACUGCAAGCGUCGCCGGCAGGCUAAAGAUGAUGAAAUUCGUGGGGCCGAGGACAAGUUCGGCGAAUCAUUGCAAUUGGCACAGGUAGGCAUGUUCAAUCUGUUGGAAAACGACACUGAGCAUGUCUCCCAGUUGGUGACCUUUGCCGAGGCUCUAUACGAUUUUCACUCUCAAUGCGCCGACGUCUUACGCGGACUGCAGGAGACGCUGCAGGAGAAGAGAUCCGAGGCGGAAAGCCGACCACGCAACGAGUUUGUGCCCAAGACGCUGCUCGAUCUGAACUUGGACGGCGGUGGCGGCGGCCUCAACGAGGACGGUACGCCGUCUCACAUUAGCUCGAGCGCCUCGCCGUUGCCCUCGCCGAUGCGGUCGCCAGCCAAAUCAAUGGCUGUCACCCCACAACGGCAACAGCAGCCCUGUUGCCAAGCCCUCUACGACUUUGAUCCUGAAAAUCCCGGUGAGCUGGGCUUCAAGGAGAAUGACAUUAUCACGCUACUGAACCGUGUCGAUGACAAUUGGUAUGAGGGUUCCGUCAACGGACGCACUGGCUACUUCCCCCAAUCCUAUGUGCAGGUCCAGGUGCCCCUGCCCUAAGCUGGCACCCAAAAUCAAUUGACAUAAUAAAUGGACAGCAGCACACACAAAUAAUGGAUACGGAUAUUAUAAUAUGGUUAUGUUUACGGUUUAGCUCACACAUUCACGUGGCCAUAAACACUGAAGUAAACAAAGAGAGAAUCGCGGUUAAAUUUCAAAAAAAAAACAAAAAACAAAAAAGAAUAAUGCAAAACAAAUCUUACCAGUUGGCAACACAAUAAUUAAUAAAUUAAUUACAAUUACAACUAAAUUAAUGUAUUGUAUGGUAUAAACUAACUAAAUUUACAAGUGUUACAAGGCAAAUGCGAUUUCCUUGUGUUUGUUCUUCAACUAUUCAA